AAUAAAUUACGAUAACAGAUGAGUGGAUAGAAAUUGCACACCGAUAUGUUCUGCUGAACACAUCUAUUGUAGAGCCUUUUAUAGAGUAAGUCCAUGAUGGGUCCUAAUUGUUAGUUUUUAUGUUCAAAAUUAAGUGAUUUUAGCCAUUUUAUUUGAAUAAAUUAGGAUGCAUAUGGAGGAGUUAAGGAAAACAAACAAAAUUUAUGAGAGAAAUAGUGGCUUACUUUGGAAAAGACAUGUAGAGACAUUUCCAAAAUGGCUGAAGGAAAAGGUUCCUAUUGAUGUGGCUGAAGAAAAAAAUUUGUUGAAAUGGCUAGCAUAUGGACCCAGAAAACAAGCAAUAUCUUACACAGGAUUUAUUAUCAAUGGUCAAAGAUUCCAUGUAAAGGAUAUUGAGAAGUCUACACAAAAUAGUGGUGUUUCCAUUGAUGCAACAACCAUGUGCAGAUCUAGUACUAAAGAUAUAUCGCAAGUUGCUGGUGUAGUUUCCUACUAUGGGGUCCUGAAAGAGAUAAUCUUGUUAGAUUAUUACACAGUUCAAAUUCCAAUUUUCAAAUGUCAUUGGGCUAAUGUUCCUAAUGGUGUUAGGGUAGAAGAUGGUCUUACAUUAGUAAACCUGCACCAAAGUCAAUCACAAUUUGUUAAAGACCCUUUCAUUUUAGCUUCACAAGCUAAACAAGUUUUCUACUCUAGAGAACAUGAUUCUUCCAGUUGGUAUGUGGUGUUAAGGGCACCCCCCAGAGGAUUGUAUGACUUGGAAUAUUAUGAUAAGCAUGAGUAUAUGCCUAUCAUUUCAGAAGAAAAUUUUGAAACUGAGUUUGAUGAUGUACUUGAAGAAGAUCAAUAUGUGAGAGUGGAUUGUGAGGCCACGUUAGUUUGAAUAUCAUGUUGUUUUAUUGACAAUUGAACUAAUCUUGUAGUACUUGUACUUGUUAGUUGUUAUGUUCAUUUCCCAUAUGGGACUUAUGGUGGCUGUAUUCUCAUUUUAGUAUAACUAGUAUAACUAGUAAGUAUUCUUACUAGUAUUAUAUAAACAAGAAAAAUAAAUAUAUAAACAUUAAAUUUUCCCAGCUCCAGCACUGGCUGAACAGCUCUAGCAGUUGCUUCCAAUAGCUGCCAUUUUACAUAGAUUAAUAACCAGCCAAGCAUUUAGAGUGAAUAAGGAUAAGUACUAGGUAGGCGAUUUAGGCUAUUUGGGCACUUGAGUGUUCAGCAUCAGGAAAUAUAGAGCAACUAAGGAUGUCAAGACUGAUUGUUAACAUGAAAGGUUGAUAUGGAUGAAUGCACCAAAACUAGAAAAAUUGAUGAAUUAAAAAUGAAAACUGAAUAUAACCUGAUAAAUGGAAACCUUAAGGGUAGGUAAAGUUUGUAUCUGUAGUGGUGAGAAAGGACAUAAAUGGAAAGACCAAGCAAAAAAGAAAAAAAGAGAUUGAAAAACAAAUUCAGGUUGCUUACUCCAGGCUGUUGGCAGUUUUAGACAAGUGCCAACUUCCUAGUAGUAGUUAUAUGAGCAUAGAAAACAUGAGCAAACCCCAAUGGCUUAACUUUUUAAGCUACUAGUCUGACAUACAAUUAAAUUAGACCAGCACACAAAGUCACUGCAAAU